AUGUCUCAACGCGAUCACAACGUCAGCACGUCGACUCGCAAGCAGGGCAAGAAAAGAAAACACUCAGAGAACCAGGAGGAGGUUAACAUCUCUGGAAAACUGCACCAUGGCGUCAAGGAAGUUAGAAAGGCAGCGAAGAAAGCUAAGGCAUUUGAGCUCCAAAAAGUUCUUAAAAGACUCAAGGGCGUGAGGACAAAAGGAGAGUCUAGUGUGAGUAAAGAUACGUCCGAGCUGGAGGCGGAGCUAGAGGCUCUCAAGAACACCGACAUUGACAUCAUUGCCAAUACCGCUCUGAGAAGCAAAAUCAAGAAGGAUAAGAUGCUUUCGUCUCAUGACCUCAUGGAGCCCGCUAUGUCGAAGGAGCUAUCCAAUGGUCUUGUCUCCCUUCCUGCUCCUGGCUCUCCUGCCUCCAGGGUUCAGAGCAGAAUACUGAGUUCAAAGAUUCUGGCCACUGAGAUUUCAGGCAUUGUAUUGGGACUCAAAGCUGUUCUUUAUCCCGACACGGCACCUGCAGGCCAUUCCGCUGACGGCCCGACUUCUCCACCAAUGAAGAAAAGCCGCAUAGCAUCUUCCGCUAUGGACGUAGAUGACGAUGCUGAUGAUCACGAGGGCGACGAUGGUAGCGCCGAGGGUGACGACAAUGAAGCUGCUGACCACGCCUCGGACGGCUGGGAGUCUGGUUCUAUCCAUGACGGCAAUAAAGCACCUUCAGGUGGCGCUUCUUUAGGAUCCGAGGACGAGCAUGAUAUAUCAGAUGAUUCUAAUGCUUCUGAAUUGCGCCCUUCUGUCUCGAAAUCCAAAAUUGCACCCAAGACCACAGGCUCGCAGUCUGCAUUCCUUCCCUCCCUGGCUGCUGGCUUCAUUCGCGGCGACUCUGAUGAAGAUUGGAGUGAUGCAGAAGCCAACGUUGCUGAUGGCGUCCGGAAGAACCGCAGGGGCCAACGCGCCCGCAGAGCAAUAUGGGAGAAAAAGUUUGGCAAGAAUGCGAAUCACCUAAAAAGCCAGCAGGAGAUCGAGGGGACGUCUAAAAACAGGUUUACACGGACGCCAACGGACUAUAAACAUGGAGGUAGACGACCGCAGGAUCGUAAAGAAACUCAAAUGACCAGACGGCCAGACCAGCGCUUCAACAAAAGUCAGACAACGGAUAAACAUACCGUGGGACGCGAGCUUGUGGAAAGCGCGCCGUCCAAACCAGCGCAGGCGGCAUCGUUGCAUCCCUCUUGGGAGGCAAAGAAGCAGAAAAGUGCCGCUAUUGUGGCUCCCCAGGGUUCGAAGAUUGUCUUCUAGUCUGAUAGCGGAGGCAUGUGUAUGCCUAGUGGACACGGGACUGCCUAUCCCUCAGCUGAUGCAGAUGCAUAGGGUAUGCUUUCAUUACGAGAAUGUUUGUCAACGGUUCGUCUGUAUGCAUGAUGUUGCGCAUUAUC